AUGGCUAUCAGCAAUAACAAAUUGCCAACCCCACCGUUUUGUUCUGUCCAGGGCUCUCCUUACGACGCCCAUACGACGGGGAUGACCGGAGCCAUCAGCUACCACCCGUACGGCAGCCCUGCUUAUCCCUACCAGCUCAACGACCCCGCGUACAGGAAAAACGCCACCCGCGACGCCACGGCCACGCUGAAGGCCUGGCUGCAGGAGCAUCGCAAGAACCCCUACCCCACCAAGGGCGAGAAGAUCAUGCUGGCCAUCAUCACCAAGAGGACCCUCACCCAGGUCUCCACCUGGUUCGCCAACGCCCGCCGGCGGCUCAAGAAGGAGAACAAGAUGACCUGGGCCCCACGGAACAAGAGCGAGGAUGAGGACGACGACGAAGGCGACGGGGCGAGGAGUAAAGACGAGAGUCCCGAGAAGAUGCCCGAGAGCAACGAAACUUCGGCAGAGGACGAAGGUGGGCGCGGAGUGACCGCGGUUGCGGCAGGGUGGCCCCAUCCCGCCCCGUCGCGUCCCCUCGGGAGCGGGGCAGGGAAGGAAGGGGGCGGAGGGGGGGGGGCACAGGCGGUGUUGCCGGCCAAGCCCGCCACCUCCUCGCCGCUGGCGGCCGUGGAGGCCCCGCUCCUCGGCCACCCGCACGCCGACGCCGCCCGCAGCGCCAGCAAGGCGGCGCUGGGCGGCCGCGCCUCCCCCGGCCCCCCGACGCCGGCCAGCAAGCCCAAGCUAUGGUCGCUGGCCGAAAUCGCCACCUCGGACCUCAAGAGCCAGACCCUGGGCCAAGGCUGCCAGCCUACCCCGCUCUCCUCCGCCACCCCCGCCUCCGCCCCGCACAGCGCUGCCUACUCGCCCUCCUCCCUCCUGGGGAGGCAUAUUUAUUACACCUCACCUUUUUAUAGCAAUUAUACAAACUAUGGGAACUUUAACGCUCUGCAGAGCCAGGGAAUCCUGAGAUACAACUCCGCAGCAGUGGCUUCAAACGAGGGACUAAGUCAGACUGUCCUAAACGCCAGCUCUGUCCACAAGCAGAGCAGUGACUCUUUGAAAACGAUCACUAACCAGCUAGAACAACACUACAGGCCCUCUAGUUAUGACUCUAAGAAAGAUCCCACUGAAGUCUGCACAGUAGGAGUACAACCAUACCUAUAGAAGUGCAAUCACACAGCAAUGCAAGUAGGUGUCACAAUUGCUUUGAAAAAAGUCAGCAAGCCAUCAUCUCUCCCCGAGCUAAUAUAUAUUACAAAUCUCUAAAUCCGGAUCACAUCUUGUGCCACUGUAUAAAAGAAGACCACAGAGCACUAUUAAAUCUUCAGACUCUAAUUAUUAAACCAGAAUUUUGUUGGACAUAUGUGAGUUUGCUGGUAUAGUAUAGUUUCCCCAAUGUACGUGUGACUUUUGAAAACAGAUCUGUUUUUCUCAGGAUAUCUUGAAUUGAUCACUUCAUUGCCACGGUAUAUAUUCGAUAGGUGUGAUAGGAUUUAUUGUAAAAUUUAUUUGUAAAAGAUGUAUACAGUAGAGAUAAUAAAGACGUGAUUGGAGAACUUGAGUCCUUACAAAGUGGAAACAAAUUUGAUAUUUAUUUUUGUAACGAUAUAAAGCUUCUAGUAAUUUAUGCAAGUUGUAUUGCAAUGGAAUCUGAACUUUUUGUAAAUAAAUUUUGCCUGGUUUUUAUUUGAAACGUUGAUGGUUAUACAAUCUUUGGUUGUUUAACGAGAAUUCUUUACUAAUUUAUAUCUCUAAUUGUAAAUAAAAACAGACUAG